GAUAUUUCAGACGUGGCGUCAAAGCGGUUCAUGCAUUGUAUACAUAUUUAUAUAUAGGCUAAAGUUAAGCGAAUGGAGCUGCGUUCUGGUGUCCAAAACGCGGCCCAGAGUUAAAAUGUGUCUUAACGGCCGCUGCUGUUUGACAGGAUAAAGUGAAUUACAUGUUACCUGUAAAUAAAUAAUCAAAAGGUGCCGAGCUUCGUGAAACAUUAUGAAAUUGACACGGAAGCUAGUUCUGGCCAAAGCCAGGGCCUCGGACUUGGAAAGUGUGAAGAAACUAAACUGCUGGGGAUACAACUUGACUGAUAUUUCUAUCUUCUCUCAGAUGCCCAAUAUUGAGGUGUUGACACUCAGUGCCAACUAUAUCUCAUCCCUCACUUCUCUGGCUAGCUGCUUGUGUCUGCGUGAGCUCUUCCUGAGAAAGAACAUGAUUCCUUCACUCUCUGAGCUCUGCCACCUGCGCCCCUUGAUACGCUUAAGAGUGCUCUGGUUGGCUGAAAACCCCUGUUGUGGGAUGGAUCACAGCCAAUACCGGAUGACCGUUCUGCGCUGUCUGCCGCGCCUCCAAAAGCUGGACAACCAGUCCGUGACAGAGGAUGAAGUUGCACGAGCUGUGCUGGAGGGGGAGGAGAUCACAACGCCAUCUGGUGAUGCCCAGAACCAGCUUUCUAAUAAUGGGCUUCCAGAUUCAGAGGCAGAGAAUGACCCACUCAAUUAUAACAUGGAGGAGACCAAUAAAAUUAGGGAAGAGUUGGGGAUGAAACCACUCUCCAGAGACAAGUUUCCCUCCAUUUCCUCUUCUCCAUCAACCAAGGAAAACAAACCGGCUGUGAAGAAGAGACACACACUCGACGCAGUGUUGUUGCUGCUGAAGGAUUUGGAUGAAGAUGAGCUUCAAGUUGUGUAUGAAGCUACGCGGAACAGACUCGAGAUUUCUACAUUAGACUCUGGAUCUCUCAGGUUCACUGAAAAUAAUGAAACCAACUGAAAACCAUCACUGAGCCAUUUCUCAACAUGCACUCAUUGUACCACAAACACACCAAAUUUCUUGAUGUUUGGAAACCGGUCCAUGUUGUUCCUCUUCCUUAUCCUUUCAUUGAAAAGGUCAUAUUGUUCAAAACUGG